AUGCCAAUUCACUCGCAGGACGAAGACAAGGUGCUCUUUUACGGUGUGAACACCGGCGGUGAUCGGCUGGUGGUCAACGUCUCUCGCCGACAGAAUCACCUGGCUGAACUCUGGAUCGCCCUUUACACAGCCGAUGGAGCGCUGUACUCACUGCCCGCUUUACUCACACUCGACCGCAGCGCGGGAACCUGUUUCUCGGCUGCUGGCCUCCGGCUUCAAUGCUUGGCUGCCAACCGCCGGUGGCGCGUCGCAUUCAACGGGCUGCUCAGAUCGCUUCAUUUUCUACGCAGGAAACACCGGCGAACCGGAAGUUUGACUUGCCAAGAAACGGAAGUUCACGUGAAGUUUGGCUUUAUCUGGUCCACCGUUUCGCACACGUUGGAGAUGCCCUCCGAGUUGGCUCCAACGCUUCUGGCUGAAAGCUUAGCGGAAAUGUCAACGUUCAGCAUGCUUCGCGAUGCCAGUAGGUUAGCAAGUGAAAUGGACUCGUACGAUCAAGCUGGCACGAUGUUUGGUGAGCUGACUGUAGAGGGCGAGACGAGAGAGUUGUCUUUGUGGGGAUACAAGAUCAGGAGUCAAGGAAGCCCGCCACACGGGACUUACGAAGAACAUCAUCACUUAGGCUUCCUCGAGAACGGUGACAUGUACCAUUACGUUCGCUCUACAAACUACGGAGGAGAUAAUGGUGUGUCGUACGGGUCCAUCUACGCACCUGCGUCCGUGAUGCGUCCGAUCGACUGCAGCCAAGUGAACAUAGACGAGUCCUUCGACGCCGAGCGUAGCAGCCUCAACAUAGGAAGCGGUGAGCUCUUGCUGCCAGUUGAUGUAAGACGUGUGGCUCCUUCUGUGGCCUUGACGACAAACGAGAGUUCUGAAGUGCGUAUCGCUGGUCUUGAUCUCAAAUGCGAGCAGAAUGACGGAUCCGGCCUCAUAAUUUCUUUCGUUAAUAGGUCCGAACAAGUAGCUGAGGACGUUCCAGAGCAUAUUAAGCACAGGAUUAUUGAAGAGGACGAGCAUCCUAAAGUAUUUCCUCUUGUUUCUGACAUCCGGGACCAGUGCAGCAAAAUGCCUGAACUGACCGGAGGAAAAGGGUCAUCGCUAGCAGUACUGGACUCCAUCGCCACCCAGCUCAAGACGUUUUCAGUACCUCGCGGAUUCAUCGUAACAACCAAGUCAUACGAACUUUUUUCUGCAAACGGGCAACUUGCUAAUCUGGUCCAGCAAAUUGAGGCCGCAAGAAGCAGAGAUGACUGGCAAACAGCGCUGAAACAAGCGUGCUCCAGGGUUGUGGGCGCUAUCGAAGGAAUGAAGAUGCCACCAGAAAUAGCCGAAGAAAUUUCCCUUCACGUUUCGACCUUUCACAACGACGCCGCAUUCGCUGUCCGAUCUUCAGCGAUAGGUGAAGACUCGGAGGACAUGUCAGCCGCCGGUCAAAUGACAACACUGCUUGGCGUUCGAGGCCACGAAAACGUCGUCAGCGCUGUGGUGAAAUGCUGGGCGUCGCACUACAGCUUCACAAACGUAAACUACAAAAGGCAAUACGGGCAGCCCCUCGACAUGCCAAUGGCGGUGGUGGUGCAGGAACUCGUGGACGCAACCGCGGCAGGUGUCAUGUUCACGUGUGAUCCGCUCACGGGAAGCCCGUCGUACAUCACGGUGACCGCCAACUACGGUAUCGGAGAAUCGGUCGUCUCGGCAUCGGCAGACCCGGACACCUUCGUCCUUAAGAAGACGGGAGCAGAGAAAGUUACCAUAGAGUCAAGGCAAAUAGGUCAUAAGUCCGUCUACACAGCCAUUUCCGAGAAUGGUGAGGUAGCUACUGUUCCACUGAGUUCGGAGAUGGCCCAGAGCGUCUGCAUGAACGACAAAGACAUCGAGGAAUUGGCUGUUAUUGGCGUGCAGAUUGAGAAGACGUACACGAUACCUCAGGACAUCGAAUGGGCUUUCAGCGACGGAAAAUUCUUCAUGCUACAGUCUCGGCCUGUGACAACAUUCCUCAGAGAGACUGACAGCGAACUCAUCCACGAAUUCGACAGUGGCUUGAAGUCAGCGAAAGAACUUCUCACCAAAGGUAACGUGAGUGAAGUGCUUCCAGGGGCAAUGCCACCCCUAACUUCAUCUUUCAUGCUUGCUGCUUUUGACAUUUACUGCAAGGUUUCCUUCCAGGAAGAUGAGAUGCGGUUUUCACAUGCUUUCAACCCUGACCGGACGCAGUACGUUCCCGCAUCUAUUCCCAUGCAUCGCUACAACUUCUUCUUGUGGUUGUCUGAUGGACAGCGUAGGGCCGGAUCGGACGCGGGUGUCAUGGAAGGAGCAUUCUUGCACAACAUACUCGGACGUGACACAAGCGAUGAUGUGAAGGAUGCCGUGAAACGAGUCAAAAAGCCGGACAUGUGGAAGCUUCCUAUGCAUCUGUACUACUUGGCAGAGGCGAUGCUUACUAUUGCUCGCGGUGUGGAGGAGACCUCGAGAAAAUAUGCAAUGCUCCGCCUCUCAGUUGACGGACUGACGACAGCAACGCAGGUCUACGACUACAUUAGCCAAAACCUGCACCAUCUUCGCGAGCCUGCAAUUUUCCUGAUGAAGAAGGCGAUCGCGUCGUCCUUCUACAACGCCAUCAUACUUCAAAUACUUGGCGCUGCCAAACGAGGGCUCAGUAGUGAAGUCUUCAGUGAGAUGUCUAAAAUAUUGUCCGGUGUGGAAGUGGAAAGCGCCGACGUGCCUCGAAUGAUCCAGGAACUGGGUCGCGUGCUGAGAGAGUCUCCGGACAGGGAGAAAUUCCUGAACAUGACUACCGAGGACGCAUCAGAGUGGCUGUUAAAAUCCGAGAACCAGUGCGGACGGAAAUUCCGGGAGUUCUUGGAGAAACAUGGCCAUCGGUCUGUGAAGGAGUUCGACGUCUACACCAAGCCAUGGUCACUGGAUCCUUCGUCUCUCGUCAAGUCCCUAAAAGCUGCAGCACGGGCAGCCCAUGUCAGUGCAGAAACAUCGGCUGCUACACAGAGACUUUCCACUACACCUCCCGGCAUUUCAAUCUUUCGAAGGAUCAUGUUGAAGCUGGUGACACCAAUGGCACAAAGCGGCGUUGCUGCUCGAGAGGCGGCAAAGUCCGCUACGGUGCGCGUCUUCCACCAGCUGCGACUCGUGUGCCACCAGCUGGCGCUGCGCAUGGUUCACGAAGGCAGGCUCCCUUCGCCAGAACUGCUGUUUUUCCUGACUUUCGAGGAGAUCGGCAUCCUGCUCCGGACCAGGAAUCCAGAGCUCGUUCUCAAAGCGCAGCGACGCCAGAAAAUUCACGCACAGCUUGACAAAGACAGAUAUCCAUCCAUAUUUGUCGGAAUCCCAAAGCCGAUUGAACGCAUCAAAAGACACAUUGAAGGGGACUUCGAAGUGAAAGGCAAUCCGAUGUCUCAGGGCGUUGUUGAAGGCAAAGCUCGCGUGGUGCCGUCGUUUGAAGAGGCCCACCUUAUUCAGAAGGGCGAGAUACUCAUAACGAAUGCCACCGACACCGGUUGGACGCCGUACUUCCCGCUCUUGGCUGGAGUCGUCACUGAAAUUGGAGGCCCGCUAUCUCAUGGUGCUGUCGUCGCUCGUGAGUACGGCCUCCCAUGCAUCGUCGGGGUCGAAGGCAUCACCACGAUGCUUUCCACCGGCGACUAUGUACAGCUGGAUGGCAACAAAGGCUUACUGCGUAAAAUUGCGGCGCCUGCAGCCGAAGACUGAGAAGGCACUCCUCCAACAAAUAGAACUGUAGAAAUAACUCGCGCGCGAUUGAA